CUUUGAGAACCGCGGCAUUUCCAAACACAGUGUUAGGCUUUUCUUGAGUACAGCUUAUUAUGGCAAAAGCGGACACACAACCAGCGGAGUUUAAACUGUAUUACUGGCCUGAGAUAGUUGGCCGUGGCGAAUUUAUUCGGCUGUUGUUUGCCGAGACACAAACACCGUAUGUAGACGUAUUUGAAGGCAAGUCGUUCGUCGAGGCGAAGAAAAUGGGCUAUGGAAAGGCGAAAAGACAUUUCGCCUUUCCAGUCCUUGAACAUGGUGAAAUCUACUUGAGCCAAACGCCGGUCAUAUGCAGAUAUUUGGGCAAAAGGCUGGAUGGCGGUAGAUUGUAUCCAAAGACCGAACAAGGUCGACUUCAAGCUGAGAUGAUCAUGGCUGGAAUUGUUGACUGGGUUGAAGAAGGUUUACGGGCGUGGCACGCUAUCGAUACGAACGCAGGUCAUCUCGAACAGAAAGAAGAAACGCAGCCUUUUAUUGAAUAUUACAAGAACAAACGGCUUCCAAAGUUUUUGGAUUUUUUUGAGACCGUCUUGAAAGAAAAUCACAAGAAAACUGGAAAGCUCGUGUUUGUUGGCGACCAGUUGUCAUGGGUUGACAUUUGCGCAUUCCAUGUUAUUGAUGGGAACCUCUUCGAGUGUCCAGAGGUGCUGGACCGUGAGCCCACGGAAUACCUAAAGAAGUUUCACAGUGCCAUAGCAGAGAGACCAAAUAUCAAAGCGAGGCUCGACUCCGACAAACGACCCAAAUACACUCAUACUGGACCAAUUGUGUAGAAAAUAUAUGAUUGAUGUCUUCAUGGCUGGAUUUUCAUUUCAGUCUUUUAAAAAUCAUGACGCAUCGAUGA